AUGGCCCAGGAUUCCUCAUCAGAAGAUGAUAGAGGAGACACCUGGGGGACUGCCCGCUUCUGCGCGGGCGACUUGCCCUUCUUCUUCCCGCCUCCCUUCUUUGGCGGCAUCCUGAAGAUAACUAAGGGAACAUCAUCAUUUGGCAAGCAUUGCAAUAAGAUACACACUUUGUGCCGACAAUCAGGAACUUACAGUCUCCAGAAGUCCAGUUGCGAAAAAUGUGGAUAUCCUGCUAAGUGCAAGAAAAAGUAUAACUGGCGUGCUAAGGUCAAAAGGUGCAAUACUACUGGGACUGGCCGUGUGAGGUAUCUGAAAAAGGUCUGCCACAUAUUCAGGAAUGAAGGAAUGGCACCAAAGCCCCAGAGAGCUGCAGCUGCAGCUUCCAUCUCAUCUUAA